AUGGCAGAUGUCAGUCUCGGAUGGAAAGGACACCUCAGAAAAUUAUUGGAUCGAUCUGUGGCUCAACAUGCAAACUAUUACAUCUCUCGUGCGAUGAUUAUCUUCACAACCAUCACUUUUGUUCUCUUCACCUUCAACUCGAACAACCUGCAGUCAUGUCUCUUUACCGCACCUGUGUCCAGCGAGUCGAGUCCUGUCCUCAAAACAGUUACCAUUGGCUGGCCCACUGCUCUCACUCUAGGCUACCUGUUCUCAGUUGCUGCUGGGGUCUGCACAGCUGAAGGCUAUCGAUUCUAUAGCUUGGCGUGUGUUGUAGCCUCUAUUGGCUACCUCUCUGCACUCUGUGUUGUCUAUAACGCACCCAGGCCGUCCCUCCUCUCAACAUUCAUGCUUGCAGUCGCUCCACAUCUGGGAGCACACUGGCUUAUCCACGGCAAUUGGCGACAAUUUGAAGUUCAGCUUGGAGCGUAUACUCACAUUUUAUUAAUGAUUACCCUACGAAUGGAUGAGAAGGACGUCAGUCUGGCUUGCGUUAUCCUGCUACCUCCCAUCGUAUCAGCCAUCACCAUGUCGUCCGCACUCUACCUCACACACGGGACUCUUGGAACUUAUCUCCUACCGUUCGACUCGGACCUGCAAGUUGUGCAUUGGGAAGACGUUCGUUCUUUUCUCAGGUCGGAAAGGAAUACUGGAAGGUUGGCACACGAUCCUUCUGAUCGCGACGUCGAGGCUGCCAUCAUCUCAUUGGCGGAAGCCCAACGCAAGGCGACUUAG